AUGGAUAAUUACUUAAAUGGAAUUGAUGAAGAGCUCUGGAAUUGUAUCAAUGAAACAGUUCUACCUCCUGUAAAUGUUCUAUCAAUUGGAGCAUCUGCUUCUUCAAACGAUGUUACUGAACAACAGAAUCGCCUGAAGAAGAAUGAGAAAAUAUGUAUGAGGGAGCUAAGAGGUGCACUACCUCUUGUGGUUUACAAUUACAUUCGUAGUUGUAAAACAACCAAGGAGAUUUGGAUCACACUGAAAGAGAAGUAUCAAGGAAGUGAGAAGACAAAGAUCAAUUCUGUUAAGCAAUGUCUUGUUGAGCUUAAGGAAUUCAGACAAAAGGAUGCUGAAACAAUUGAAAACUACUAUGAUCGUAUGAAUGAGCUUGUUUAUCGUUGCAGCAGGUAUGGAAUCACAAGAUCUCUCAUGGAAUUCAAUCUGACAUUCAUAAUGGGUCUUCGCAAGGAGUGGCGUAGUCUGAAAACACAUGAAAGCGAAGUUACAGAAAUGUUUGAAGAAUCGAAACAGUGUCUAGGAGGUCCAUUGGCGUUAGUUUUGAAGGUUACUGAAAUUGAUGUUGGUGAGAAGGAAGAAUCAGACAAUGAAGGUUUCUUAAUGAAUUCAGAUGAUGAAGCACUUUUCAAUCCAAAAGGAAAGCAAACUGAUGUGAAGAGUGGUUUCAUAAAAGCUGGAGCUGAUUGCAUGUUGAGGAAGAAAGAGGAGAAGAGCAAAAUCAAAGACAAAGCCUACUACUCAGAGAAGCUUGAGGAAGUGCGUGCGAAGGCGAAAGGAUUGUCUUUGGUUGCGAAAGGAGAGUCUGAAGAAAAGAAAGUGGAACUUAUCAGAUCUGUUGAAAGCUGUAAGUCAGAUGACACUGAUGAAGACGAAGAAGAAGUGAAAGAUUCGCAUGAAUCACCUCAACGUGUUGUUGUUAAUCAAGUGUUUGGUGAUACAAAAGAAUUCGAGAAAGUUCUUAAUGACAAAGGUGCACAUUAUUUGGAAACGAACACUGUGGUAUAUCCGAAUUUUAUAUGCACUGAUAACAUGGUUUUUCCAAAUCAAGUCUUCGUCAUAGCUGGAAAUGUUGAGGAAAUCAAGCCUGAAUUCAACAAAAUGGUUGAAAAUGACAAUAAAAGGUCAACUACCAAAGGGCAAGGAAAACAAUACCAAAAUGGAAAGUUUUCAAAGCAACAGAUAAAUACUGCAUUCGACAAGUUUGUGAAUGAGUCUUCUACUGGUAGUUCAUCAUCUCAUGAUUCGCAAGUUCCAAUACAAAAUUGGAAACCAGUUGUGAAAGUUGCGAAGGUUGUGAAGGAUGAGGUGAAAGUCAAUGGAAAUCUAAAACUAUCGAACAACUAUAUUUCAAUAUCUAGAUCUGAUGAUGUUGAUUUAAUCGAUAGUGUCACAGAAAAGUGA